GUAUCGGCCCCAAUCUCGAUGUGAUGCCGUGGGUGAUUAGGUGCAUAACCGCUGAGAACACCCUCCAAUCAACGUCUUGUCACCUUGUGGCCCCCACGCACCAUACGUUCAUCGCCGUUUGCCUUCCCCUGGCCCGAUGGCAUGACUCCUCACCUUCACAUUUCGACGGUCGAAGACACCGCACAAUAACUUGCGGAGCUCCUGUCCUUCAUGGCCAUCUCCGCCCAGAUAUCCGAACUCGCAGCCCAAUGUGUCAAGGACCUUAAACGCGACACCGAGCGCUACGGUCGCCUCGGGGCACUCUUUCUUCACACGGCCCUCUUGCAACUUCGUCCCAUCCUCGCGACAAUUCAAAAACAUGUCGUGGACCCGAACGGGCACGAGCCGGACGAGGCUUCGAAGGCAGCGCGCGCGAUAAGAGACUCGUACACUAGCGUGUUCACUACGGUUGGCGUCGCGGGAGCCAUCAUUGCCCAAAUCGCUGUCAGCGAGCUGAUCAGUUUGAACGAUAUCAGCGAGGUCACCUUCUUAGUUCAGCUAGCUUUCAUACUCGGCGUGCUCGCGGGGAUUUUGUCGGUGUACUUUGCUUGCAUCGUCCAGACCAUGCUGAGCGGUCUCCCUGUUGGUGACGAGGUCAAGGAGUGGCUCACUACGCCGGAGAGGUCUCUCGAAAUCCUGCGGAGAAGCUGUGUCUCCGGGGGUCAUGAAGUCGGCAAAGCAGACGAGCUCAGAAUGCCAUCCUUCGGUUCCGCCCUGAUGCUGACCAUGCCUGCCCUACUGCUCAACAUCUCACUUGGAUCGCUCUUGGUCGGAAACGGGAUCUAUAUUGGACAGCUUUACACUCUACCUGGUCUCAAUUCGAUCACCAAAGGUCAGAGUCUCGCGACUUUGCUAACCUUCGUGAUCGUCGCCGGACUGCUUUUGAUCAUCGGCACGUUCCCUGCGUUGAUGAAAACGCUCGAGGGCACCAACGCCGCUCGUCGGGAUCGCCAGGACCGAUUGCGCAGCCUCGCCACCGACGUAGGCGUCCACCGGCCUGCUGCUAACAAAGCCGGCGUCCUCAACCCAGGCAAGGCAUAGUUCACUCGGAGCUAUUGCCGGUGCAGCCACGAACGCAUCGAACUCGCAUGUCUCGGUGGGAGAUUAGUCGCAAAGCCAUAUAGCAAAUCGAGUCUGCCAGCGGAAUCUUGCCCGUACCAAGUCAAGAAGCAGACGCCAUGAUAUCUGCCCCUUCAACUUCCCCUUGCGAACUAUCAGGGGCGCGUUAAAGCAAGCAGGCUUACGGUCGACGUGGCACACCAAGCCGUUUCCGAGUUUGCUGUGUGUCGAGUUGCUUGUGUAAUGAAGGUGCUGUAUGUAGUGACGACGACGAACGCAAAGUCCGCACGCCUCAGACGGCUCCACGAGCUAGG